AUUCUGCGGAGCUGGGCUUGCCUGGCGCACUGUCAACGCUGAUUCCAUUGAUAGAUGCGCUUGAGUCUCUGGAGCGAUGACUGACUCUGGAGCUGCAAGAAAAAUGACCAGAGCAAAAUUGGUCAUUCUUGGACGUGACAACUGCGGGAAAACUGCGCUGUGUGUCAGAUUCAUCACCAGGCGGUUCAUUGGAGAAUACGACCACAAAAAGGAGGUGACAUAUGGAUGCAGGAAAGUGGUUGAUAAAGAAGCUAUUGAUCUAGAAAUAUUAGAUACAGUAAACAAGUGUGUGGGUCCAGCUGCAAACUCGUUGGAAAGUUCCAUCAAAUGGGGAGAUGGAUUUCUUAUCAUGUACUCUGUCACUGACCGCGGCAGCUUUGAAUAUGUCUCACGUCUGAAAAGGCUCAUUGACCAUGUCAAACAGACUCUGGGUAUCCCCACAGUGAUUGUUGCUAACAAGUGUGACAUAGAAAAUGGCCGUCUAGUGCGGAGAGAAGAAGGGCAGGCUUUGGCUGCGGAUCUGAGGUGCAGCUUCUUUGAGUUGUCCGUGGCCGAGAGCACUUCUUCUGUGGAGAUUGCUGUGAGUCAGCUGAUUCGAGAGGUUCGCGUGGAGUUCAACAGACAUCUGCUCGCCCUGGAUAAAUGUUCACGUAUGCUACAGAUGAGGCACGCACUCAAGAAUAAGCUCACACGCAGCAAGACCAUGCAGUGGUGACUUUUGCACACUCUAGAUGAAGAAAUGUCACCUCAUCUAUGUGGGAGAGCACAGUACCGUAAGAGAGAAUGGGGAAUGUCCAACUAGUGUGAAGGUCCCUUUGGAGAGCAUGAUCAAGUUUUCAGAGGGCAUUACUGACCAACAUGCAUUCAGUCGGAGACUGUGAUGUGGGCAACUGUGGGUGAGGCGAAACCAUUAAAGAAUAUCCUACUCUGCAGCAGAAGAAUCCUCCAGUCUGUGGCAGAGCAACUGCAGUCAAACUAGAACAUUAUCUUUUCUAAUCUUCAUCUCAGCACAGAUGUAGAUGGUGAACUGAAAUUAAUUUAUGGGUUAUAAUGAGUAGGUACAAAUUCUAUAUAACAUAUGUUUAACUUUCAAUUGCUUUUGAGCUGAAUAUAAGUUAUGUUUUUUGUUUUUGUUACAACAUAAAAUUAAUUACAAAUAAAGAUGUCUUGAAUCAUAGGAUUACAUAAUUAGCCUACACUUAUCUUAAACAUCAUAAUGUGUUUGGAAUUCAUGUUUCACAUGUUUUUUGCUCUGAUAUUACUGUAAACCUCUAAUACAUAUUUGUAUAUGAGUACAGUAUGACCACAUCCUUUAUAAACCAGUUGAAGUGAAAUGAGGAGUGUAAUCAAAUA